AUGAAUCACAACCAUUCGUCUUCUUCCUUCUCAUCAUCAUCGGAUCAGCCUCAAUUACGAUUUGCGAUGGUUGGAGUGUUUCGGGAGGCUCUUGAUUCUUCUAAUUUAUUAUUCAAUAAUAACAUCUCCCAAUAUUAUGAAUCUCAAAAUAACAGCUCUAAUGAACCAUCAUCCUGUAUUUUAAUUGGUGAAUACUAUCGAGGCUUAACCAGCAGUGCUCAAAUCUCUCAACAACAUCAGGCUCAAAUGACUCGUCAAAUUUGUUUGAAAAUUGGAGAUAAAGUAUCUCAUACGAAUCAUAAACGAACUCUCACACAGGGUUCUUUAAAUUUUCAUUACAAAGUGGUUGAUAACAAGUAUAUUUUUGUGGUUUGUGCAGAUUCGGAAUGUCCUCUGAGAAUUUGUUAUAACUUUUUGGAUGAUUUAGAAACACAAUUUAAAAGGCAAGGGUUUGAUAAUGAGGGGCUUUCUAAUUCACAUUUUAAACCCAUUUCGAAUAUCAUUAAGGAUCGAAUGGCUCAUUACAAUAAUUUAGAAAAUGAUAAAAUUUACAAAUUGAAAAAUCAAAUUGAUGCUACCAAAGAUGUCAUGAUUUCUAAUAUUGAUAAAGUGAUUGAGAGAGGAGAACGAUUGGAUGUGUUGGCAGAAAAGACUGAUGAGCUACAAGAUCAUGCAUUUACCUUCAAAACAAAAAGUAAGAAGCUGAAAAAUACCAUGAAAAAGAGAAUUAUUCUACUCGCACUGAUAUUGAUUGUAAUUUUUGUAAUCAUUGUUCUGAUUGCAGUGUUUGCUGGUUGCAAUUUUCCAUCCUUUGAUAGAUGCAGAGUUUCUUCCAACAAUAAUAAUAAUAAUAAUGGAAAUAACAAUUAA